AUGUGCAGGAUAGAAAAUCGGUCCGUUGACAGACUACUUCCGCUCGCCAAUAUGCACAUAUUCCGUGUGAGCCGUGUCGAGAGAGCAACCAUGUUCCUACUCUUGGUGAUUAUGCUAGGGACUUCUGAUUAUAACUGUAAUGGCCAAGCAGACAUUUGCAAUCAGUAUGAGUCAUGUGAUGAGUGUAUAGCAAAUGGAAUUGGCUGUGUCUGGUGUCCUGACCCUCCUCCAUUCUCAGGUCCCAGAUGCACCAGUUACCAGACAGCUGACUGUCUCUCAGAGCCUGAAGACUCAGUGGCCACCCAUCCAGAGAUACUCAGAGACGAUCAAUUUGGAGAAACAGUUCAGAUAUCGCCACAAGCAAUUCGUCUUAAUCUCAGAACAGGAGAGCCUCAGACAUUCACUCUGUCAGUCAAGCCAGCCAGGAACUAUCCUCUGGACAUGUACUUCCUCAUGGACCUCUCUGGAUCUCAAGCCUCUGACCUGGACAGUCUCAAGGACCUCUCUAACUCCAUCACUGACGAACUGGAGCGUCUCUCAUCACAGUUUACUCUCGGAUUUGGCUCGGUAGUGUGUGCUAAUGGGAGAGUCUCAUGUGGGCCAACCUAUGUCUACAGACACCAUCUCCCACUGACCAAUGACAGUGGUCAGCUCAGAGCAGUUCUGGAGAAUGUGACAAUCAGAGGUAAUCUGGAUGCUCCUGAGGCCACUCUGGAGGCUCUUCUGCAGUCAGUUGUCUGUCUGAACGAGGUUGGAUGGAGGAAUGGCAGUCUGAGGAUAGUCAUGGUCCUGACUGAUGCUGGAUUCAAGACUGCUCUGGAUGGAAGGGUGGCUGGACUGGUGAACAUAAAUGAUGGAGAGUGUCAUCUGCAGAUGAAUAAGGAAGGAUUCUAUGAGUACUUUAAAAGUCCUGAACAGAGUGUAACAAGAGACAUAGUUGUGGACAGCGUAUCUGGACUCACAAUUGGGAUUGCCCCUGUCCUCAACUGUAAUCUGGGCCUUUUUAUGGAGCACAGUGGUGAGUGUGAUGAGGAACGCCCUCUAGUCAUGUACAGUGGCAACUACAACUUUCACUAUGUCUUCACAUUAUCACAUGGCUAUAUAUGCAAGGAAGACCUGUGGGACACAAUAGGGGGUGUUUUCAUGAUAGUGGCAGCUGUGAGGAAGAGAGCGAUGUCAGCUGGGACAACCUCUCUGGUGCUGGAGCCUGUCCUUGGUGCAGUGGUUGUUGGGAGCAGAUUAGACAAGUCUGACAGUGUGACGUGUUGGGAGAGAUAUAGACAAGUCUGCAGUGGUAGGGGGAGUGUGUGUGUGAUGGAGAGAAGUGUGACUGUGACUGUGAGUGUGGGACAGCUCCUCUCUCUGGUCACCAGUACUCUGGAGAUGACUGUGGCUGCGACCCUGACACUGCUACAAUGA